AUGGAAAACCAACCACCUCCACCGUCGCUUACGAAUCCCCGCUUCACUUUAGAAUUGGAAUUCGUCUUAUCGCUUGCGAACCCGUACUACCUCUCUCACCUUGCAAUCAGCUUCCCGAAUCUCCUCGGUACGUCGACGGUGGACGAGAAAGGCGAUGAUGAUGCCAAUGACGAAACCACGUCGUCCGCCUCGGGGAAAGAGGCACGCGCUUUCCAAGCAUAUCUUGCCUACCUUUACUCUUACUGGAAGACACCCGAGUACGCUCAGUUCUUAACCCAUCCUGGUGCGACGCUGCGAGCGCUUCGACUGUUGCAGGAAGAUUCGUUUCGGCGAGAUAUUAUCCGGCCACAGGUAAUCGAGAGCUUGCUGGCUGGAGGCGAUGAGGGGCAGGCUGCUGCCACCGGCGCGGAGAAUGAGGAUACGGCCGAACAUAACAACGGGGUACAAGCAUCGUGA